UAAAGUUAUACGAAGUCAUCGAAACGACCAGACACGUUUACCUAGUGAUGGAAUACGCCAAAAACGGCGAAGUUUUUGAUCAUCUCCUUCGAAUCGGACGAAUGCCCGAGAAAGAAGCUCAGAAGUUAUUCCGCCAACUUUUCUCCGCGGUCGAAUAUUGUCAUCAGAAAAAUAUAGUCCACCGUGAUCUGAAGGUAAGCAAACGUUCUUCGGUCUCGAUGAAUU